CAUUUUCAGAUAUAAUCAUCAGAGCGAAGCGAUUUAGGGUUCAAGCUUCUUCCAACCAAGCCAGUUUGCUAAAGCUGUGCAGCGGUGAUGGAGAUGGAGAAGUUCGCCGGAAUUGGCAACGAGGUUAGUUCAAUCGAAUUCGCCGAGCCAAGGAAGAAGCAGAAAAUGGAGUCUGAUCCUCUAUUUAACAAUCUCGACGAUGGUUGCCUCAUGCACAUCUUCAGCUUUUUAUCUCCUAUUCCAGAUCGGUACAACACAGCCCUCGUUUGCCACAGAUGGCAUUACUUGGCAUGUCACCCUCGAUUGUGGCUACGGGUAGACCGUUCUGUGAAGGAUUUAUCUCAGCCUGGAGUUUUCCCCAAUAUCGAGUCAGCUGUAUCUGCAGCAAGACCUGGAGAUACCAUUUUAAUAGGUGCUGGUGGAAGUCAUCGUGUUUCUAAUAUUCAGAUAAAAAAGCCUCUUUGCCUGAUUGGUGGAGGCGAGCUUCCUGAUGAAACUACCCUCAUCUGCUCUCGAGGUUCAGACAGUGCCCUGGAGUUGCUAUCAACAUGCAAGCUAGCAAAUCUAACAGUGAAAGCCGAGCUGGGUUGCUGUUUGCUCCAUAGGAGUGGAAGGCUAACCAUUGAUGGAUGCGUCCUCCAGUGCGAAUCGAACCCAUUAGACUACCUCUCAUGCCCCAUCGUGACAACGGCCGGGAAGGAAAACAUCUUAGUUGCUCCAGCCGUGAAGGCUCAGCCCGAGAAUGGAACCGUUGUCGAGAAGACAAGGGGCGAUAGUGUGAGCGUUUUGCAAACCCGAAUCGAAGGAGGGGCAAAGGCGGUUCUGACAAACGGAGACUUGGUUCUGCAGCGUGUUCGAGUCAUAUACUCUCGGGCAUACCUCUACUUCUGGUUUGAUGUAGAUUCACAGUGAUAGCUGAUUGUUGUUGUUGAUGUCCUUUGUGUUAAUCUGUAACAUUGGUUCUUCAUUCUUGCGUUUCCCUUAGGUUGUCUCCAUUGUCUGUCAACAACAACAAAAAUAUGUCUCUUUGUAGGCUCAUGCAGAAUAAUCAAUGUGUUAAUUUAAAUCUUGAGAUUUCAAAAUCAGUUUCAAUUUCUUA